AUGUCCACAUUGCAGGCUUUUUAUCCUCCGAUCGAGAGCGAUAGCUCGACUUCUGUUGAAACGACCAGCGUCACACUUAACGCUAUUGUGGAAACAUCUACUCCUUCCAUCUUGUCCCUUCCCAUUAACAACCCUGCCACUUUUAUCUCCGUCUACGAGUCCUGUCUCAAACCUCUUUAUACCCUCAACAUUGCAUUGCUAGAUAAACUACAUAACAGAUCCAACUACUCUCUUCUUCUUAUUCACAUGCAUCAAAGGUUCAUCUCCCUGUUCAGAGAGCUCAACGACUUCAAGAAGAUGGUUAGUUUGACUCACGCAAGCAACUUUUCGGAUUCUUUGAGUAAUAGUUGUUUUGUCCGUUCCUUGCUAUCCGGGUUUGAUCUCAAAUUCCGUCAUUUUAUUGACGAUCUACACUCGAUCAACUCACAGAUAUUCUCGAAUGCUGAAUAUUGGGCGCUUUCUCCUCUUGCUACCAUCUAUCAGAAGAUCAUUUCUCGGUCCGAUAACGGUGAAAUCUUUGUUCUUAAGGAGACUGACAAGCUAGAGUGUCUACGACUGGAUGUUCUUGUUCAUUCUGACAGCCUAAAAUCAUACAAGAAGUUCGGUGGACAAUUUGAUGCCAAGGCCAUCGUUAAUGAGGAUCUAGCGAAUUUCCAUAAUGAACUUUCCAAGUGUUUCAAGUCUGAUGGUUUUGCACCUCAAUCACAUUCACAUUCCAAGCUUUUCAAACCGUCUCCUGAUGACUACAAAAUAGCCACCUCUUCUCAAUUCAAGCAAUUCAAUGCCCGCAGAUUGCAGUUACUUGGAUUGUUUGACAAGCGAAUCUUUUAA